GAAUAUAACUUUUUGGACCUUUUUCGAAUUUGUUUUUGAAUUUGACGAUCCACGACGAAAAACGACAAUCCCUCACGACUAAUCGUAACAGCAUCAUUCAAAAUGGCUGCCACCGGAGAGAAGACCGCAAACCCCAUGAAGGAGCUUAAAAUCCAGAAGCUCGUUCUCAACAUCUCCGUCGGAGAAUCUGGUGACAGACUUACUCGUGCUGCCAAAGUUUUGGAACAAUUGAGUGGUCAAACCCCAGUUUACAGCAAGGCCAGAUACACUGUCCGUACCUUCGGUAUCCGUCGUAACGAAAAGAUUGCUGUUCACGUCACUGUCCGUGGCCCAAAGGCUGAGGAAAUUUUGGAGCGUGGAUUGAAGGUCAAGGAAUAUGAGCUCCGCAAGCGCAACUUCUCCGAGACCGGUAACUUCGGUUUCGGUAUCUCCGAGCACAUCGAUCUCGGUAUCAAGUACGACCCUGCGAUCGGUAUUUACGGAAUGGACUUCUACGCAUGCAUGACCCGCCCAGGUGAGCGUGUUGCCAAGCGUCGUCGCUGCAAGACCUCCAUUGGUGCCAACCACAAGAUCAGACGUGAUGAGACCGUCAAAUGGUUCAAGAACCGUUUCGAGGGUAUCGUCAGAUAAGCGUUUCGAUCAAAAAAAUAUGGCAUGGGCUUCGAGUGUAUCGAUUCGGCGAGUUCUUUAGGAUUUUGUCGUAACGUGGGCUUCUGGAGUUAAUUGACAGGAAAACAAGGGGCAUCAUUGGUUGUACUUUACUGCAUCUACGGAUCAGAUUACAAUGAAGCAGUUCAUCCAACUGUUCAGCUUGCUUCCUAUUCGGAUCAAGUCUGCGGCCUUAGAGACCGACCGGCUUGCCGGCUUUUCUUGCAAGUGCUGAUUGCAUAUUUGUGAAAUGAAAAUAAAACAAAAUUCACACCAAACUUACAUCUCAACUUACUUGUUAUUGGUGAUAUUCUGAACCGACGGGUGUAAUAUCGUGGACACUGGAGCAAAGCGAUGGAAUAUAUGAGCCAGGCAUGACAGUUCUUCCUUCAGCGCACUGAAAAAGGAGAGCACGAGAUUAUAGAUUGCUCUAGAUUCAUUAAUGGAUGUGCAAUAGAAUAGAUUUAUAGCAAAAUCAAAACCAAUCUUCCAACACCUUCA